GAUUGGUCCAACGAGUUCAAGGAGAAAUGGAGCACGCUCGCUGCGGACAACAACCGUAUUCUUGGUGCAGAGAUCCCCGGCCAAGAACAAGAUGGCUAUGAUGCAGAUCCCAAUUUCUUCUAUGGAACGCAUCAACAUUCUCAGAUUUCCAGGCCAAGACUUCAACAACGCCCUGGGCGCUUCAAACGAUUCAGGCUCGCUAUAACGAGGAGGCCUCAAGAAGCUCCUGCUCCUGCACCCCCCACCACCUCACCACCAGUCGCUGUCAAAACUCAAUUACGACACCUAUUCUCCCGGUCACCCCAUCAUGCAACGCCGCCUGUUGUCGAUGUUCCAUUCACGAAAGCUAAAGAGCGUAAUAUUGCUGCGGGUGCUCCUGGCCCAGACCCAGACAUCGUACCUGAUGAAUAUUUCGAUACUGCCGAACCGGACCCUGACACGCAACAGCAACAACACCAGGAAGCAGCAGCAGUCCAUAUAGACCCUGGGGAACAUGGAGGAGGAAAGUCUUGUGUCUGCUGCUAGCGCGUUUUUGAAUGUCUCUCGAACACUUCGGUCAUAUCGUCGAACUUGUUAUGAUAUCUUCAUUCACUGGAAGCAGUAUUUUAUUGAUAGGUGAUUGAUUGAUCAGUACAUCCUUUAGAUUAUUUGGAGAGUUUUUCCUUCAUAACCAAUCAUGAACCUCCCGUCCUCCAUCUGUAAAGCUUGAGUUGCGCAGAAGUCGCUGAAUGUGAGGUAUGGUGCGCGUGUGCAAUCAGAGCCCUUCCGCAUUCAGACAUCUCUUGUUGACUGUACAGACUGUACAGUGGCAGGACGUGCAGCGGUUCAAGUCUUUAGCGGCAUCAUUCUAUACAGCACCUCGUGUCAGCACUGCCAUUCACAUCGAGAUUCUCCCCUAGCGUGUCUGACCUUUGAAAAAAAAAUUCAGACGUCAAUAGCGCGCUGAAAUACUAGAUCAGCGACUGGAG